AUGGCGGAACUCCGGCCAACGCUCCAUCAUAUGAAUGACUCGCAGUCGCAAAGAAUCCUGUGGCUCCUCGAGGAGCUCGAAAUCCCAUAUGACAUCAAGCUCCAUAAACGCGUCAAGCAACGUGCCCCUCCCGAGUUGAAACAAACACAUCCAUUGGGAAAGGCACCACAACUAGAAACAGGUGAUGGAAGAGUUAUUGUGGAGUCACUGGUGAUCGCCAAAUACCUGAUUGAUAAAUAUGACAAGACGGGCAGAUUCAAGGGCGAUGGCGAGAAGAAUGACUGGAUACGCGACGACGAGUUGUGCAAUCUUGCUGCUGCCAGCAUUGGCCCUCCAAUGAUUGUGGAAGUUAUCAUGACUGCGGCCGUCAGGUUGACACCUCUCUUCAUCCGCCCGUUGAUAUCUCUGGUCCACAAACAACUUCACGCGGGCUACUCUGGACCAGAACUUGAUGCGUUCUUCAAGUAUCUGGACGAUCAACUUGGUGACCAAGAAUAUUAUAUGGGCACCAACCCUGGUCGGGCAGACUUCAUCCUCUCGUUUCCCGUUGACAUGUGCGCGGCAGCUGGCUUCGUUGACCUCAAGAAAUACCCAAGAGUGGAGAAAUGGCAUGCACGAUGUCGCGAACGACCAGCGUGGAAGAGGAGUCUGGAGAAGGGUAAUGGUUACGAAUUGAGCUUCAAAAGCUAG